AUGGCUGAACAACUGCUGGAUCAGGUCCGCGAUGUUGCCGAGGGCCAAAUUGAUUUCGAAGGCCAGAAGCUGGUGGAACUUCUCGUCAACGUAACUCUGGCGCUUACAGGUGUUGUCUCGUUCCUCGUCGGAUAUAUCUUGCAAGACAUCAAGCUGGCGCUCCAGAUCGGACUUGCCGGAACCGCCCUCACCUUUAUCCUCGUCGUUCCUCCGUGGCCGUUCUACAACCGCAACCCUGUCAAGUGGCUACAAGUCGGCGGCGGGCUGGUACCGCCACAACGCCUGAUCGUAGAUGAGAAGAGUUUCAGGUAG